AGCUGAGCUUUAUCAUCAGAGACAACAGAAAGAAUUUGUCUCUGUUUAUUAUCGUUUUAUCGUAUAUUUCCUGUCUGUCUUGCCAGUCCCUAGAUAAAUGAUACUGUGCCAGUCUUGCCAGUUGCCACUCCUUUUUGAGCGGUUGCUGUGUGUGUUCAUAUGUCGGUAAAGUUUUUGGGUUAGGCGUAAGCCGGCAACGCAAGUUUUUGCUUUUCUAGUCAAAUAUGCAUAAAGCAUGCCAUUAUUACAAUUACUACUAAAUUUAUUUCAACGCAGUAUCCGUCAGUAAAAAAAACUGUUUUAAGAUGUCAAUACAUAACCCUGAAAAACAUGGACCCAUCGUUGUUGAAAGUGCAAUACCAAAAAACCGGCAAGAGUUAUUGAAAUGGAAUGGAUGGGGUUAUAAUGAUUCAAUGUUUAUUUAUAAAGAUGGCUAUGUUUAUUUUUCAGGUAAAAGAUAUCCCAUAGGCGAACUUCGUUUGCCACAUGUAAAAGAAUGGGUGAUUGAUACCUUAAAUAUAGAUAUCACAAAACCACCUAAGACACUGGCUGUUCUGGAAGAGAGCAAAUAUCCAAAACCAAACAUUACACCAGAAAACUUAAAAAACAUAAUUGAUUUAAACAUUUCUUAUUCAACAAAAGUUAUGGACAGAGUCUUAAGAGCACAUGGACAAACCUUACAUGACAUGUUUACUUUAAGAAAUUCAGUUUUUGAAAGAAUACCCGAUAUAGUGUUAUGGCCAAAAUGUCACAACGAUGUUGUCAAAAUAGUAAAUCUAGCGAAUGAGCAUAAUAUAGUUAUUAUUCCUUUUGGUGGUGGAACAGCCGUCUCUGGUGCAGUCGAAUGUCCUAAUAAUGAGCAACGGUCCAUUAUAUCACUGGAUACAUCACAAAUGAAUAGAAUAUUGUGGUUGGAUAAAGCAAAUUUAAUAGUAUGUUGUGAAAGUGGUAUUAUAGGACAGGAUUUAGAAAGGGAACUUGGAAAAUUGGGUUUUACAUCUGGACAUGAACCGGAUAGCUAUGAAUUUUCUAGCCUUGGUGGUUGGGUAGCUACUAGAGCAUCAGGUAUGAAGAAAAAUGUUUAUGGUAAUAUAGAAGAUUUAGUGGUUCAUGUUAAGAUGGUAACAGCUAAUGGUGUGUUGGAAAAAAAUUGUCUAGUUCCUCGUCUAAGUUGUGGUCCAGAUUUCAAUCAUAUUGUAAUGGGUUCAGAAGGUUCUCUGGGUGUUAUUACUGAAGUCGUAAUAAAGAUUCGACCAUUGCCAGAGUGCAGAAAAUAUGGUUCUAUCGUUUUUCCAAAUUUUGAACUGGGAGUAAAAUGCAUGCGGGAAAUUGCUAAGAACAGGUGUCAACCUGCCUCUGUAAGACUUAUGGAUAAUGAUCAGUUCAAGUUUGGAUUAAUUCUCAAGCCAGAGGAGAGUUAUUCUAGCCUUAUUGUAGAUGGUAUUAAAAAGUUUUACAUCACAAAAAUUAAAGGAUUUGAUCCUGAUCAAAUGUGUGUUAUGACCUUACUUUUUGAGGGUGGUGAAAAAGAGGUGAAAAUAAAUGAAAGACAAAUUUACAGUAUUGCAUCACAAUUUAAAGGAGUACCAGCAGGAGAGAAAAAUGGUGAGCGGGGGUAUACCCUUACCUUUGUUAUUGCGUAUAUUAGGGAUCUUGCACUACAAUAUGAUGUAGUUGCCGAAUCAUUUGAAACUUCUGUGCCUUGGGACAGAGCAGUAACUCUUGUGAAAAAUGUUAAACAGACUAUAACUGAGGAAUGUAAAAGGAUUGGAGUGUCACACUUUAUGAUAAAUUCUAGAGUGACACAAACUUAUGAUGCGGGAUGUGUUAUAUACUUCUAUCUUGGCUUUAAUCAUUCAAAUAUUGGCGAUCCUGUAACUCUACAUCAUCAAAUUGAAACAAAAGCAAGGGAUGAAAUAAUAGCUUGUGGUGGAAGUAUAUCACAUCAUCAUGGUGUAGGCAAAUUAAGAAGGAAAUGGUAUCCCAGCACUGUAUCUAAUGUAGGUGUAAACCUAUAUCUUGCCACAAAACAAGAACUGGAUCCGAAGAAUAUAUUUGCCACUAAUAAUUUAGUUCCGUCAAAGUUAUAAAAAA